AUGGCACCAUUUUUUGCCUUCCUUCCAUACACAAUCCUCGCUGUUUCCUUCCUCCUUUUUCUCUAUCACUUCACCAAAAAGAAGAAGUUCUUAUGGAACUUACCACUCCUCGGAAUGUUACUGGAAUUUCUGCUCAACAUCGACCAAAUUCAUGAGAAAAUCACUCAAAUUCUUGGAGCAAAUAUGGGGACAUUUCUCCUUAAAGGUGCUUGGCUUGGUCAAAUGGACACAUUGAUCACCUGUGAUCCUGCAAUUGUGAACUGCGUGAUAAAGGAAAAAUUUUCAGGCUAUCACAAGGGAGAUGAGUGGAGGAAACGGUUCGAAUUCUUCGGAAAUCAUAGUUUGUUCAACACUGAUUUCGACGAAUGGAAGAUCCAUCGAAAUACUUUUCGAAGCUUUAUAAGUCACCAGCAGAGCCAGCAGGCUGUCGCGAAAACCAUUCGGAGAAUCUUAGAGAAUGGACUCAUCCCAGUUCUUGAGCAGUCCUCUAAACAAUGUCAAGUGUUGGACUUGCAAGAUUUGUUCAAGAGGUAUACCUUUGAUUUUGCUUCUUCGAUGGUCACUGGGCAUAACCCUAAUUCUCUUUGCAUUGGAUUACCGAAAAAUCCGGUUCCUGAAGCCCUAGACGAUGCAUGGGAGGCCAUAAUCUUGCGAUUUCUUUUACCGGAGAGCUUGUGGAAGUUGCAGAGAUGGUUAGGGCUUGGGAAAGAAAGAAAAAUGAGCGGAGGAAGGGAAGUUGUCGAUGGGUUUUGCGCUAAGCAGAUAUCGAUGAAUAGAAAGAAAUUGAGUGAAGGAAAAACAAGAAUCAGCUUUGAAGAUGAAGAGGGUUUCAAUUUUGUGAACUGUUAUUUGACAGGAAAUGAAGAGAAUUCUCCAAAAGUUUCUAAUGAAGUUAUCAAAGAUAACAUGGUGAAUUUUAUUUUUGCAACUGCUGACACAAGUAGUACAGCUCUCACUUGGUUCUUCUGGAUGCUUGAGAAAAACCCUAUUGUUGAGAAGAAAAUUAGGGAAGAAAUAGAAAGAAAUUUGCCAAAAAAGGGAGAUGGGAAGAAUAUUAGAUUGUUCCAACUGGAGGAGUUGAAUAAGUUGAUCUAUCUUCAUGCAGCUCUUUGUGAAGCCCUAAGGCUGUUCCCUCCAGCGCCGAUACAAAUCCGAACCCCGCUUCAAUCCGAAACUUUACCUGGUGGGCAUUGUGUCGAUGAUAAGACCAACGUUCUAAUCUUCCUGUAUGGAAUGGCGAGAAUGCCAUCGGUUUGGGGAGAUGACUGUCUUGAAUACAAGCCGGAGAGAUGGAUCACGGAGGAUGGAGGAAUUAAACAUGAGCCAACACAUAAAUUCUUCUCUUUCAAUGCUGGGCCAAGGAUUUGUCUAGGCAGGGACAUUGCUUUUAAUUUAAUGAAGGCCAUUGCAGCAACAUUCAUCCAUAACUACAAUUUUCAAGUGCUCGAAAAUCACCCUGUAACCCCUACUUUAAGUGUCAUGUUUCGCAUGAAGUUUGGGUUAUUGGUUAAGGUUAGGAACAAAUCCGCUUAA